AUGGUACCCUGCCUUCAGCCUUCGCAGCUCAAUGAAUACACUUACGUUACUUCAGACAAAUGGAGCGAUAGUGAAACAUUCGGUCGAUGCAGAGAAGAAGGAAACGUAUGUAACAGUCAGUUUUGUACAUAUGGAACAACAUGCAGCUGCAUUUGUCUUUCCUCUUGGAAUGGAAGUCAUUGUGAGCAUAAAGUAAAAAGCGAAAUUGAAUGUUUACCAGGCUAUAUUGGAGAAAAAUGCGAAAUUCCUCUAUGUAAAAAUGGUUAUGCUUUAAACAAUACCGGUUCGAGCUCGAAUUACACAUGUUAUUGUGAUAAAGGAUGGAAUCACACUCAUACUAAUGAUCCAUGUGACAAGGACAUAGACGAAUGUAAACUAUAUCCGAAUAUAUGUAAGAAUGGUGGCAGCUGCAGCAACACUAAUGGUUCAUACAUAUGUUAUUGUAUUGAACAAUGGGAAGGUGAAAACUGCACAUAUUAUAAUGCAUGCAGAUCAAAUCCUUGUGCAAAUCAAGGAAAAUGUGCUAAAACAGGAAAUGAUACCGACAGAACGUAUAAAUGUACAUGUCAACUUGGUUAUAAAGGUGAAAACUGCACUUUGGACGUUGAUGAAUGCUCUCUUAACACAACUAGUAUAUGUGUACAUGGAAACUGCUCCAAUAGUAUUGGUUCGUACAACUGUACAUGCGAAACUGGAUGGACAAGCAAAGCUUGUAACGAAACUUUAACCACAACUGUCACACCCAAGAUCAGACCAGAAUUAACAGCUACUGAAAUUUAUGGAUCUUCAUCUAAAUUGACCCAUCGAAACAAUUAUGAAACAUACAAACAAACUACGGUUACCAAAAAGACAACAGAAAAGACGACGGUUAAAACAACAAAUGACAGCAAAAAAGACGGAUUGCCAAUUAUUGUUGGAGCAAGUGUUGGCGGGGUUAUAAUUUCAGUUGCAGCUGUUGUUAGUAUCUACCUAUACAAAAGAGAAAAAAGAGAAGAAGAGAUGGCGAGUGGAGGAAAAGGAGCUGUUAAAGCCUUUGGUUCAACAGUCCUUGAGAUCUGGGAAACCACCAGUUAAAGGAGACAUCAUAAUUCUGCAGAAGACAAAUUCAGCCUUGGCAUCAUUACCAUGGAUAAAGAUAAAACAUCAGAUAUGGGCUAUAGCCCAAGCUGAAAAAAAGUGAAAAGAUGAUGAAAAAAUUGAGACUGUGAAUAUUGUUAAAAUUGUAGUGGGAAUAUUUCAUACCUCAGGGCAUAAUUAAAGUAACUGAACCAUAUGGCCAUAUGUCAGGAUGUCUGUGAGUACCAGGUUAAUCUAAACCAGAACGUUUUAAAUUCUAUCUGUACCACUAGCUUCAUAUUUACAUACUGAUAAAUACAAAGUAUAUGAUCUGGGCAAGUUAUAUAAGUAUGAACUCUUUUUUCCCAAGUUAUUGCCCCUUUCAGCACUGAAAAUGGAUAUGGUUAAGCUAAACAGGCAAGUUUGAUAUAUCUUAAGUUCUUUCUAUUCGAAUGGCUUCAUAAUUUCCACAUUUACUUACUUAUCAAUACAAAGUACAUGGAUAUUGCCAAGUUAUAUCACUCUGCUAUCCUUAACCUAUUCUUGCAAGUUGGAUUAAAUCUCUCCUAAUUACUAUAUCUUUCGUAUUUGUUAGGUGGAUAUUUUAAUGGUCCUCAACUUUUUUGUGGAGUAAGGGGUCUAUAGGGUCAAGGUCACUGGUGUGAAAAAAUUUAUGCUCAUACAGCCUUUAUUUUUAAGUUGAUGUCUUUCAUGUAUAAUACAAACAUGCCAAGGGAGGUCCUCCUCCUUUAGGGUUAUUAAGGGGUCAUUUGGGUCAAGGUCACUUAUGUCAAAAAUGUAUUUUUACACGUGUUUAGCCUUGUUCUAUUGACAAUGUCAUUAAUAGUUUGGUAGGACCAUAAAAUUGAGGUCUUCUCCUUUGGAUAACGUUAGGGGUCAGUUGGGUCACGGUCACCAAUGCUAAAAAAAGGAUUUUUACACUUUUGCUCAUAUAAUCUUUAUUUAUUGACAGAUGUUUUUCAUAUUUGGUAAGAAGAUAACUUGUGUAGUAUUUUUUUAUUGAGCUAGCGAUCAGUAGGUCAUUGUCACCAGUGCUAAAAAUAGAUUUUUACUCUUUUGCCCAUACAGCCUUUAUUUAUAUAGAGGAUAUUUGUUUAGUUCAGUGAAAGAUCUGAAUAUAUUUCACCGAGUGAGCACCAAAAGGUAUAUUUCACGAGUGGCACAGCCACGAUUGAAAUAUGAACUUUUGGUGUUCACAAGGUGAAAUAUAUUUCGAUCUUACACUAAACUAAACAAAUUUUCUUUUCAUUACAUGCAAAGAAACGUUUUAAUAAACAUUAAACCUAAUACUGAAUGAAAAGCGGGCCAAAUAAUAAUAUAACGUGACGUUGGUACCCAGUACUGUGCCAAUGGUAUUUCACUGAAACAACGUAAGGGGCUUAAAUCUAAAACAGUGAAAUUAUCAAAGUGGUAAUUUCACUGUUUCAAAUCACUGUACUUGGAUAUUGUUACAUAUUAUAAUAAACACAGAACUCACAGAACUUUAACUUGUUUUAGAUCAAGAUCACACUUCAAGGUAAAUGUUAGAAGUUAGUUUAUUUGUCUGGCCCAUAUUCUGUGAAGCAUCAAAGGAUUUGAACAAAUUUGGCACAUGAUAACCAUGACGAAAUGAUGUGUCAUGUUUAGAGGACAAAGGGAUAAGCAGUUAGAAAAUUUGAGCUCUUGUCAUUUUAAAAUUAAGGCCUUGUGAAUAUAAAAAAAAAUCUUUUUAAUCAACAGCCAUCUGUGUUCUUACUUUAUAAGGUCAUUUAUUGCAAAACAGUUUUUGAAAUACCAACUAAGCUGUCCUGUCAUAACAUUUUGGUGUCCUAACAUAUAUAGACAGGCCAUCUGUUUCUCGUCUAGCUUAAAAUUUGCUAGUUUCU